CAUGUAACUACAACAGAAAACAUAUUAAUUGAUUGUUUGGAUUGUACCGUUGGCUAUUCUGUGUGAGAGACAAGAGCAGCUGUAUGAGUCACGCACACGUUGUUGUGAUCUAAGCGCGUGACUUCCCCAUCACAUGACACAUGAGAAAGACUGAAAAGGAUGGACUUAACAACGCAAACAAAAUAAAAAUAAUAAUUAAUAUCGGAUUUCAGCGACGAUUUAGUAAACCACAUCGGUUAGGAUAGUGUACCAUUUAUGCUGACUAGAAAUCAAUUACGUCGUUAGGAACAUUGACAACCUUACAGAACCUGUAGACAGUUGAUAUUGUCAAUACUCCAUUGCAAUGACUCGUUCUUGUUAGUUUACUGGUACCAGUCGGCGCUAUAGCUGUACCCAGCUAAUAAAGAUGAACGCUUUAGUUGCCCUUUGCCACUUCUGUGAACUCCAUGGCCCGCGGACACUAUUCUGUACAGAGGCCGUCCACCCUCCGUCCCCGUCUCCUCCGCAGCCUGGUUCAGCCAUUCCUGGGGACAGGGACCGAGAGGCGGACAGAGAGGGCGAAGGGCUCACCAUGAGAGCCAACAGCUCGGCCACACAGAGAGCUGACAUGUGUGAAGGCUGUCGCUCCCUGCCUGCGUCUCACCCAGGCUUUGUGAGUGUGGACGGUGAAACGGGAAUCCGCUAUCUGAGCCACCAGCACCCACGCCAGCAACAGCUCUUCAGUGUCGUGCGACAAGCAUGUGUGCGCAGCCUGAGCUGCGAGGUAUGUUUGCAUCAAUUAAUUAACCUAAACUUCAUUAAAAUAAUAUGCAUCGGUGUGAUACUUUUAUAUUAUCUGCUCUUGCAGGUUUGUCCUGGACGAGAGGGUCCCAUCUUCUUUGGAGAUGAACAACAUGGAUUUGUUUUUUCUCAUACGUUUUUCAUCAAAGACAGCCUGGCACGGGGCUUCCAGCGCUGGUACAGCAUUGUGGUGGUAGCCAUGGACAGGAUCUACCUCAUCAACUCCUGGCCAUUUCUGCUGCGCCACCUGCGGCUAACCAUUCAGAGUCUACAGAACACAGCACUCAAGGUGUUUGACAGUGAGCAGUGUGUGUGUCCUCAGAGGGCUGUGCGUAUGAACAGCGCCUUCUCUCCGGCAGUGUUCCCUCACCAGCGUAGCGGCAAUGCAGCCCGCUCUCUCACAUCCCUAACCCAACACCCCAACCUGUGGGGUAGUCUGCACUCCUCAUUCAGCUGGUUGCUGAAAGCUUGUGGCAGUCGGCUGACAGAGAAGCUGUUAGAAGGGGCGCCCACAGAAGACACACUCGUUCUCAUAGAAAGACAAACUGAGCAAGAGGAAGAGAUGCGUGGCUGGGAAGGUGCUGAAGGGGGCGGGUCUAACCCACAGUCCAGCCAAUCAGCGAGUGUGCAGGCUAAAGAUUUUCAAUUUGAUGACGCAAGACAAGAGGACCUUCUUGGGCCAAAGUUCAAAUCACUUAGACAUUUAAGACAGGUCCUGGGUGCAAGUGAUUUCCGACAGCUGGCAUGGCACGUUCUCAUGGGAAAUCAAGUCAUGUGGAGAGGUGCAGACCCUGGUCUUAUCCAGUCAGCUUUCAAUGUGCUGAAGGCUUUGCUUCCAGUUGGAUGUGUCCGAGCGAUUCCAUACAGUCCACACUAUGAGGAAGCGUAUCGAUGCAACUUCCUUGGCCUUAGCCCAGAUGUACCAAUCCCUGCCCAUGUUAGCUCUUCAGAGUUUUCCGUGCUGGUGGAUGUACUUAAUGUUGAGCGUGGUUGUGUAAAUCCCGUUUCGGAUGAUGACAUUCACUCACUAUAUCAGUUCAACAUUAGCAGUGCAAACACACAAGCAACAGAUAAAGGUCCAACUCUGUUGAAUAAGAUGGAAGUGGCUCUUUCUAAUGAGAAUUUGUCUGUGGAGGUGGUCUCUCUCUGCUUACUCUGUCUGAAAGAAGAGUGGAUGAACAAAGUAAAAGUGUUGUUUAAGUUCUCCAAGGUGGACGGCAGAGGUAAAGAGGACACUCAAAAGGUUUUAGCUCUGCUGGGGGCCACGGGGCCCGGGGAAGAGGACAAUGUGCGUCUUCUUAAGUUUUGGAUGACAGGACUCAGCAAGCUUUACAAGAGCCAUUUAAUGACAGCAGUCAGAGUUGGAGAGAGAACUCUGAGCCAGUGAGAGAGAAAGAGAGAAAGAAAGGGGACAAUGGACUCAUUGCUAGAGUUAGAUGAAAGGAAUGUGUGUGUGAGUGUGUGUCUGUGUGUCAAUUACGGGAAAAGGGGGUCAGACCGGAGAAUGUGUUUUUCUGCAUGGUACAGAGAGAAAAUAAAAGCUAUCAUUGUGAUUGAAGCCUCAAAAACUUUUCCUUACACAUGUGCAUUUACAUGGAAUGCUGUUUUACCGUCAUGCAUAGACAUGUCCAUUUUCUAUCUUUUUCACUAUGUGUCUAAUAGAGCACAUGGUCCACUGACUUCAUGGGAACUAGGCAGAGUAUCAGUUGACAUGAUACUGUUUGAGGCUUGCCUGUUUCAAUUCAUCAUCAAAUUGUUUUCCAUCUGACUUGUAUGAGAGAGAAUAUGUAUUUUAUGAGCAAUUAUAUUUAUCCUUAUUUGAUAACAUAAAUAAACAGCUUUUACUUUAAUCUCACACAUGCUAAAUAAAGACUACGUGCUGCUUGUAAACCAAA